AGGCUGGGGUUGACGAAAUAAGUAUCUGUAUUGAGUGUAUUCGCUCCUACGAACGGCGCAUUAAAGUCAACUGUCAACUGACGCAUUGGUCUUCUGCAGUGGACUCGUCUCGGCAUUGUCUGCAAGAAAAAACAUCUAUUUCUAUUCUAAAAAACUAAUAUGUGUGAUAUAAAUAAAUAUCACUAGUGUAGUGCUAUAAAUCUAGGUGGCCAUCUGUUCAUAAAUAAUGGGAAACAUAUUUGGUAACAAAAAGACAACUCGGAUUACUGAACAAGAUAAAGCAGUGUUGCAACUUAAACAACAAAGAGAUAAACUCAAACAAUAUCAGAAAAAAAUUCUUACAGUUAUUGAGAAAGACAAAGAACUAGCCCGGAAGCUUCUCAGAGAAGGGAAGAAAGAGCGAGCUAAACUUCUGUUGAAAAAGAAACGGUAUCAAGAACAACUAGUUGAGAAAACUGACAAGCAACUGGAUACAGUUGAACAACUUGUUCAUGAUCUUGAAUUUGCUCAAGUUGAAAUGGAGGUUUUGAACAGCUUGAAAACUGGCAAUGAAUCUCUAAAGGAAGUCCAUAAACUUUUCUCUAUAGAGGAUAUCGAGCAAAUUAUGGAAGAAACUAAAGAAGGAAUUAAAAAACAAAAGGAAAUUGAUGAAAUCUUAGCUGGAGUCUUGACAGCUGAAGAUGAAGAAGCCGUAGACAUGGAGUUUGCUGAAAUAAUAAGGCAAAAUCUACCGGAUGUACCAGUGUCCGAUUCCAAUAUUUCCGAAGUUGAACUGCCUUCUGUUCCCACAGAAGAACCAAAACCCAAGAAAGAGAAAAUCAUUCGAAAGCCUGUGCCAUUAUCAGCCUGAAAUAAUUAUCUUGAGUCUUCUGUAUAUUAUUUGUUUAUCAAUAUUUUAAAAUUCUCUUCUUCCCCAAACAUUAGUUAUUAGUUCUUAAACCAAAAAUUUAAUAAUAAAUCUAUUUCAAGGUUA